AUGCUGGGCACGGAGGCCCUGUGGGGGGUUUUGUACCCUGAUUCUCUGUGGACCGAGUCAACGUUGCCGGUGAAGGAGGGGUUUGGCUUUGACUGUUGGUUCUUGGGCAGCAUUGCCCGAGAACGUCCGAAGGUGAAGCGAGAGCUUGACCGGGCGCACGACGUCCUUGAGGUCAAGGAUGACGACAUGACUCGUUCGUUUACCGUCCUGCAGACGGAAGCUUGGGCGAUUGCGCGCUUCGCGACCCGACACGUCCUGCCGACGUCUAAGUACGACACUCAGCCCCAGGUGCAAGCUGGCGGCUUGUGGGUGGCUAGCGACCGUGACGACCCCUAUGAUUGCUGUGAGCGCGUGUGCUUGGAACACGGCGUGGACUCGUUUGUCCAUCUCUUCUUGCAGAACGCCACGAACUCGCGCAUGCCGGCGAAUCCAAUCCCGGACGAUCGGGUUUCGGUUCUCCGCGGACUCGUCUACGGGGUUUUCCGGGACCUCGCACACUGCUCUCUGCAGGACAGACCUUGUUGCAAUCUGCUCCUUCGCCGGGAGAAUCCUCAAGAACAAAUCGCGAUGAAUGACGAGCAGGUGGACGCGCUAUGGUGCGCUCACAGCUACUUUACCUUGGCUAUUCUAGCGAGACAUGUGCACAGCGUCAGCAUGUACAAACUGUUUGUGGAUCAGUUUCGGCGUUUGUGGGCUCGCGUGCUGCACGCCUUGGAGACGGGAGAAGAUGCGCCCGGCCUUGCGAAGAAGUAA